UGCAAAACAGGAAACGGGAUCUUGGGAGAGGCGGAAAUUGCAGCAGCACCAGCAGAAGCAGGAGCAGGAAAGCUCGGAAGCGCCCGGCGCCGGAGGAGAAAGAGGCGGAGAAGGAGGCGCCGCUGCUGCCGCCGCCGCCUCUGCAACCGGGAAGAAAAUGUGGAAGGCAACUGCAGGCCACAGCAUAUCUGUCAACCAGGAUGAUGGCGCUGAUGACUGGGAGACAGAUCCUGACUUUGUGAAUGAUGUGAGUGAAAAGGAACAGCGUUGGGGAGCUAAAACUGUGCAAGGAUCUGGUCACCAAGAACACAUCAACAUUCAUAAGCUGAGAGAGAAUGUAUUCCAGGAGCACCAGACUCUUAAGGAGAAAGAGCUCCAAACAGGACCAAAGGCUUCCCAUGGCUAUGGUGGGAAGUUUGGUGUGGAACAAGACCGCAUGGACAAAUCAGCUGUUGGUCAUGAAUAUCAAUCUAAGCUUUCCCAGCACUGUUCCCAGGUGGACUCAGUGAAAGGUUUUGGUGGAAAAUUUGGUGUACAAGUCGAUAGAGUUGACCAGUCUGCUGUAGGAUUUGAAUACCAGGGGAAAACAGAGAAACAUGCUUCUCAAAGAGACUACUCAAGUGGUUUUGGUGGGAAAUAUGGAGUACAGGCUGACAGGGUAGACAAGAGUGCAGUUGGAUUUGAUUACCAAGGAAAAACAGAGAAACAUGAAUCACAGAAAGAUUAUUCUAGAGGUUUUGGUGGUAAAUAUGGCGUGGACAAGGAGAAAGUGGACAAAAGUGCUGUUGGCUUUGAAUACCAAGCCAAACCUGAAAAGCAUGAAUCACAGAAAGAUUAUACAAAGGGUUUUGGUGGAAAAUUUGGUGUACAGACGGACAGGCAGGACAAAUGUGCUCUUGGCUGGGAUCACCAGGAAAAAGUACAACUACAUGAAUCUCAGAAAGACUAUAAGAGUGGUUUCGGAGGGAAAUUCGGUGUUCAGACAGAGAGGCAGGACCCUUCAGCUAUGGGGUUUGACUACAAGGAGAAACUAGCGAAGCAUGAGUCGCAAAAAGAUUACUCGAAAGGAUUUGGUGGGAAAUAUGGUGUGCAGAAAGACCGGAUGGAUAAGAAUGCAUCAAGUUUUGAGGAUAUUGAGAAAUUGUCUUCAACAUACCAGAAGACCAAACCAGUGGAAGCUGCAAAUACCAAAACAAGCAACAUCAGAGCUAACUUUGAAAAUCUAGCAAAGGAGAAAGAGCUGGAGGACAGAAAGAAGGCAGAAGCAGAAAGAGCACAAAGAAUGGCCAAGGACAAAGAAGAACAAGAGGAAGCUAGGAGGACACUGGAAGAAGCCAAAGCCAAGGAACAAAUACCUCCUCAGUCUCCAGCACCACAAUUGGCACCACAACCGGUACCACAACCAGUAGAAGAAAAGCUGCCUUCAAGUCCAGUCUAUGAGGAUGCUGUUUCCAUUGAGUCUGAGUACAAGAAUUCAGAUACAAAUUACUCCACUGUACAUGAGCCAGAAACCAACAACAAAGCUGAAGAAUCUGAUUACCAAGAAGCUGUCAGUCAGCGGGAGCCAGAGUUUGAAUCUGAAGCAGUUUACGAAGUGGCUGGAGAAGGAAAUCAGUAUCAAGCAGGUGAAAAUACUUACGAUUAUGAAAAUGACCUUGGAAUAACAGCUAUAGCCCUCUAUGACUAUCAGGCUGCUGGUGACGAUGAGAUUUCCUUUGAUCCUGACGACAUCAUCACUAACAUAGAAAUGAUUGAUGAUGGCUGGUGGAGGGGAGUGUGCAAAGGCAGAUACGGGCUCUUCCCAGCUAAUUAUGUUGAGCUGAGGCAAUAGAAAACAAUGCCUACCUUUUAUGCCUUAAUACCGUGAUCAUUCAUCUGAUUUAUUACACUACAAAUCAUGUUCCUUUUUCAAUGGAAGGGGAAGAUGGAGGAGGGAUCUAUACAUAUUCCUUUUAUAUUUAAGAAACUUUGCUGAUGCUUUUACAAAUGUUUAUGGGCUCAGAAAUUGCUAAUAUAUUGUAACUCUUUUAACGUUCCCUGCUACAGCCUGCCACCAUAGGUUUUUAAUGCAGUUUUGAACAUGGGACUUUUUUUUCUUCUGUUGCCAAAUUGGUGGUGGAGGUCAUAAAAUUUUCAAGGAGUUUUUAGCUCUUUCUGACAAUAAUGCAUGUUCCAUUUCUUUGUGUGCUGAAUUUUCAAGUAAUUACAUCCAGCUACUCUGUUACUGAACAGUCAGUUUUCCAGAUCUCGACUGCGCAAUUGUGUUUCCAUAUAUAGGCAGCAGCACAACUCUGGAUGGGAGAAGAUGAUAGGCAUCUGAUAGCAGGUACUUAGCUGGAGAUUUCUUUUACAUUGACAAAAGGAAGGAUCAAUGGCUAAAGCAUUUCACACCUUCUUGAAAACCAAAUGCAGAGUCCAGUGGAAAGCCUUUUCAUGCCGCUUUAGUAAGCUUAUCUAGAACUUCUCAUGAGGCUAUGCCAUCAGCAUUUGCUUGCCCAUUCUUUGUCCCUUCAGAAGAGACCUGUGGGAUCAUAACACAGCUUCUGCUUGUGUUGCUUUUUCUCUCUUCUGCCCACAACACUGUGAGGUUUUUGAUCUCAGAUUUGUUUAGCAGUUUCCAUUUUUAUCAUAUAGGGAGGGUAAUAAGCCAGGACAUACAUUGGUAUUCCUUCUAUACAUAUUGUACUGUAAGAGUUGGGAAGAAGAGGCCGAUACCUAUUCAACAGUAACUCUGUUAUGCAACCUUCAUUUGAUUGAGGAAUGUUAAUAAGAGUAGCUUAAACCCUUGGAGAUUAUAUCUAUUUCUAAGCAAUGUGCAGCAAACUAUCCUGUUUUAUAUGUUCAGCUGAAACUGCCAGUAACACUUCAAGUAAACUGUACAGGUGUCUUUUUGCCAUUUGCCAAAUGUUAAGCUGAUGUUCUUGCCACUAUGUCAAUGGGAUACAUAAAAAUUGGUUAGUCCUUAUUUUUAACCACAUAAACAUCCGUACCAAAGACAGUAUGUACACGUAUUCACUGUGUAUCCUGCCCAUGGAAACCGUCAGGUAGAAACUGAUCAGGCAACAAGAACAGAAAGGCUUAUAAUAAAGCCUAGUGGAAUAUAACUUAAAUUUUAUAUUAAAUGGUUGUGUACUCUUAAGUACAUCUGGGCAGAAGGGAUGGGGAGGGGCAUGGACUUGACUAAUUGGGACAAUCUUUCAGGAGGAUGUCAUUAUCUUUCUCACUGGAUGCUUUCUGUGUCACAAUUGCAUUAAGAAUUUAUGUUGGAUUGGACUGGAUUUUAUAUGCAGUUUAUCUUAACCAGUUUUGCAUAGGACACCUCAUAGGAUACAUAAUUCCUGUUUUCUUUUUUUCCUUUUUGUAAAUUAAAUAUUCAAAUAAACUUUUGAACCAUU